AUGGGCUCAAUUUUUGGACAUUUUAUUUUUUGGAAAGACAAAAUUCCCAAAAACUGGUAUUUUAAAGCAGACAUUUUUAAAAGAAUUUUGAGGAAAAUAAAAAUAUUUUUUGAGGAGAAUUUUGAAGAAACAAGUUCUCUUUUAAGAUUUUUAAAAAUAUUUCCCCUUUCUUUCAGAAUUACACCUCGACUUUAUGAGUUGGGAUACUUUGAUCCUCUAGAUUUGCCUGAGACUUGGGACUGGCGAAAUGUCAAUGGUGUAAAUUAUGUUUCUGCGGACCGGAACCAGCAUAUACCUCAAUAUUGCGGAUCUUGCUGGGCAAUGGGUUCAACCUCAGCCUUAGCCGACCGCAUAAACAUUAAAAGAAAAAAUGCCUGGCCACCAGCAUAUUUGUCAGUUCAAGAAGUUAUAGACUGUGCAAAUGCUGGAAGUUGUGAAGGUGGAGAUGUUGGGCCAGUUUAUGAAUAUGCACAUAAACAUGGAAUUCCACAUGAGACUUGCAAUAAUUAUCAAGCAAAGGAUGGACAAUGCGAUCCUUAUAAUCGUUGUGGAAGUUGUUGGCCAGAUAGAUGUUUUGAUAUCAAAAAUUAUACUCUCUACAAAGUGAAAGAAUUUGGGCCAGUUUCUGGAAUUAUUAAAAUGAAGUAA